AGAAAAAAACUAUAAUGGCAUAGGAUACAGUCAUAGAUAGGCCUACAAUACAACAAUUUUUUGUUGUUGUUGCCGUAUUGAUUCUUGACUGAACUCAUAUGAAUACAAUCAAUCGUUUGGAAAUGCAGCUGUCAAUCAAGAAGUCACGCCUCCUGUUCACCUGUUCACUUGCGACUACAGACAAAGAAAUCAUUCGCACUAGUGACGAGAGACAUUCAGAUUGUUACGAUGUUUCUUUUAUGUCGGUUUGUAUUUUGUUUCAUUUCGUCACUCAUUUUUGCUGUCAGACUUGUCAAGGGAAACUCAGGAUAUGCUGUUCAGUGGUACUUUGGAUUCAGCAACUAUAGCUCACUGGACUUCCUCCAAUGUCAGGAAACUGAGCUUCCGUUAUGUUCCAAGCUGUGUUUCAGUGAAGGAUGCUUCUCCUCUGAGUAUGUCCCUUCUGGGAAUGAGACGGGCUGCUUGGCAGUGCACAGCAGCAGAGGGCCUUCUGUUCAUGAUGCCACUGUUGCUGCUUUGACUGACAGGGUGCAGAUUGGGAAGCCCCUCCUCCUGGAAGUCUCAGGCAAACUAAAUCUGAGCAAAGAAAACUUUUCUAUGGAUUUCAUAACAUUUCGAGGGAACUCUGGUCGUCAGGGUCUGCAUAAUAUAUCUGUUAUGGCCAACGGAUACCUCACCUGCUACAUAGAUGUGAUAUUACAUGCUGCUGGAGUGUACUAUUUAAAUGUGACCAUGACGAACAGUAUCUACACUCAUUCUGCCAGCUGGAAGAUUAGAGCGUGUCCCUUCGGGACUGAGUACUUGAAUCUCAUGUUGCCCAAGAGAGAUCAGGAUAUCCCAUCUUGUGCACCCCUGCCCACAGAUGCAGAGGACAAGCAGCAGGGUAAAGCCUCAACAGAAUCCAUAGACAGUCACAAGCAAGCUGUUUGGAUCUUUUCUGACAAACGGGCAUAUGCAUCAGAAACCGACAUUCAAUUCGUAGCAGUAACAGAAGAGCCCGAUCCUCUAGACCUUCAUUGGAAAUUUGGGGAUGGAGCAGAAAUAAAAACAACAUCCAGGAUCUACAAAAAGAGAUAUCGCUUACCAGACAUAUACAGUGUCACUGUCAGCGUGUCUAAUGGUCUCACAUCCAUCAGCUCAGAUGUUUAUCCGGUGGUGAUUCAGAGAGCUGUGCAGCCCAACAGGCUUCUGUAUAGUCCCUCAGUUUUAUCAAACAGCCCUGUGAACUUCACCUGCCGGAUCAGCACAGGGACUGAUGUCUCGUACAGCUGGAAUUUUGGCGAUGGAACAGAACGAGAUGGAUCAAGCACUGAGCGUCAUGUCUACAACAGAGCUGGAGAAUACAUAGUAGAAGUUAUUAUGUCCAACCUGGUGAGCUCAGCCUCUUUAACAGGACACAUCUUUGUCGUUGAAGAAUUAUGUCAGCCUCCUCCUGUGAAAAAUAUGGGCCCAAAUAAAAUACAGGUGUGGCGGUAUCAAACUAUCCAUCUUGCUGUAACGUUUGAAGCACAGAUUCAGUGCAAUGUUUCCAGAGGCCUGCUGUAUAGAUGGACUAUAUAUGAUAUGAGCGGACGACAACUGCUCUUCCCACACAUAGACAGGGGACAGCAGUAUAUUGAUCUUCCAAAAUACCUCCUUCAUUAUGGAACAUAUAAAGCUAUAGCAAAGGUCCAAGUAAGCGGUAGUGUGGUGUACAGCAACUACAGUGUCUUAAUUGAAGUGGUGCGCAGUCCUCCUGUCAGUGUCAUCAGCGAAGCCACAAAUAUUUUCAUCAAUCGUCAGAGCCGCACCAUCGUCACUCUUGAUGGACGAAAAUCACAUGACCCAGAUUACCCUAAUAAUACUAUAAGUUACAGCUGGUCGUGCAAGCCAGUAAACACAGAAGAGAGCAGCUGUUUCAACAGGAACAUUGUGACCACUUCAGCAGUACUGACAUUUCCCACUCUUUCCUUGAAACCUGAUUUUGACCUGCUUAAAUUUACUCUCACCGUGUACAGUGGCCAUCGAUCUUCAUCGUCUGAGAUGUUCAUCACUGUAACAUCAAAACCUGUCAGCAACAUUCAUAUGUCUUGUAAACAUUUCCGUGAAAAUUCAGUGAACUGGAAUGAGCAGUUUUCUGUUUCUGCUCUCUGUGAUGCUUGUGGUUUUAAUGCAAAAGAUGUGACCUAUUACUGGAAACUUUACCUGGUUAAUUCCUCAAGCAAAGCUGUACCAGAAAUUCCCUUCUGCAGCAGUAUGGAUCUCGGUUUGCCCUCCAAAAUGGAGGAGAGCUUACAUUUCUCCCAGCCUGCUGUGACACCCUACACUCCAGCCCAUUUUACUGAGCCUUCCAUUCCAGUAUCUCUGGCUCCUUAUCUUUUAUCUGAUGAAAUUGACCUUACAGCCCAGGUUUCACAAGAUACUCAGACUUCAAUAAUACAUAAAAAACACCAUGAUAUUAGUGUAGACACUCUGAUUGAAAACCCCAGCACAAACACGAACCCCCAUGCAGCAUCUCCGACUAUCAUAUCUUCACACCUCCCCUUCCUUCCGUCCUUCCCUGGGGAAACAGAGUCCUCUGGGAGUCAGUGGGAGUAUCAAGGGUCUUUCCCAGCCUCAGAUAAGGUGUCACUGACUGAUAUGACCUCAGAUUUUCAUACUGAGGACAUGAUUUACACAGACGUUUAUCAGGAGUCGAUAUCAGGCGAUCAUCUCUCCCUACCAGAGUAUGAUUACUAUAAUUUUGGAAUUGAAGAGGCUGAUCCUGGUGUCCCAGUUGGCAGACCUACUGGGACCAAUUCAUUGGGCUUUAGUUGGAACGUAUCAUUCCCUCACUCUUAUGACGAUGAGGGUGAUAAUCUGGUGGACCCCAGCCUGCAUGACCCGGUGCUGUCUGAGAAGACCCUGCUAGAUCUGCACAGACAGCUCAUUCAUCCCUCUGUGUUUGAGUCUUACUCUCUCACAGGAUUAUCCUCUCCAGUUGUCACAUUUAAACCCUUCAUGCUUAAACCAAAGAGUCUUUAUUUGCUUGAAGUGUCUGCAAUUUCCGAACAGCGGCUGCAAGGGAAAAGCCAGCUGUUCUUCCAAACUCAAGUUGUUCCUGAAGGAAUGAGCUGCCAAGUGCAGCCCAACACAGGCUAUGAAAUUCACACAUACUUCAGCAUCUUCUGCUCCUCUGGAAGAGAGGAUCUCUUGUAUGAAUACAGUUUUAGUGUGGGCAAAAGUCCCAGGACACUCCUUUACGAAGGCAGGGAUUUCCAACAUUACUUUAGUCUUCCCAGUGGAGAUCCUAAUGAUGAUUACAAAGUCACGAUCUUUAUAGAAAUAAAGAACAGAUUUGGAGCGAUGACCGAACCAUGUCCUGUGAAAGUGACUGUUCUUCCAAGCUUCCAGAGAAACUCAUCUUCUCAGCUCACUCCUGAUCAAGAGCUGUACAUGUAUGGAGUGGGUAACCUAACGGGUCUGAGUAAGAUCGGAAGCAGCAGAGACAUCAUCAACUACAUCUCUCUUUUGAUAGCGGUGCUGAACCGCUUGAGUCUGGACACAGAUUCUUCUGUUGAGCUUCUGACGCUCACACGCACUUCCAUCAUUACAGCAGCCUGUCAGCUGCCCAGCACUGAGCAGGGAAUUUUAUAUGAAAUAAUUUACAGGCUUACCGAUCUGAUAAGAGUCUCUAGUCAAGUGACAUUUUACAGUGCCAAACAAGUAAUUCAGCAUGUUGAGGACAUCUCAUCCCUCUCACGUGAGUCCAAGCCUCCAGCAGGCCAUAUUCUGGACCCUGGGAUGGUGCAAGCACUGGUAACUCUCCUGUCUGCUGUGCUGGAGGCUCCAGUGCUCUCUUCCAGACCAGGACACCAACUCACAAACAAAGUGCUCUACACUAUCACUGAUUUUGUACUGGAGUGUUUGCUGUCCAGCAAUGUCUGGCAGUACAACGUGAACACCACGUUCAUGGAAGUGUUAGUCUGGAAGGAUGAGCGGUCUCAUUCUGUGGUGAAAACAUUUGGCCUCACUGCGUUCCACUUCACUGACUUUCUGGAGAUGCAAUUUCAGCAAUGGAGCAGAAACAGCCAGCACAAGCCCUGCGUCAUCACCUGGCUCACAGUGUACAGGCAGAGCCCAUACCGCUGGUCCAGACACGUGCAGCUCAGUGGAGAGACGGCAGAAAUCCGGCUCUACAACUGCACCACCAGGAAGGAAAUCAAAGUCCGACAUCUAUCCACACCAGUUAAGAUUGAAUUUCAGAGGAAAGAGGAGACCAAUCAGAGUCCACACACACGGUUCACUCUUCUGUGCGGUCAGGUGAACUCUCAUCAGUUCAACAUCACGUCACCGAGCCUUCAGAGAGCGCUUCAGGUCACUGUGCAGUUUAACAGGCCGGCUGAACGCCCCUUUCCCAUUCUGUUGCUUCUCAGGAUGUAUGAGCAGCCAACACCUAAUCUAUACAACAAACAGAACAUAUAUCUCUGGAAAGGACAGACGGCUCGCAUCUUCCUCCCUCAAUCCUAUUUACAUGCUGCUGGUUCUGUGUACCUGAGGCUUCUCAAUGCAGACUACAGUAAAAGUCCUAGCAACAAGUACAUCGCCAGAGCUGUGAACUACACACUUCGCAUCGAGUCUGUGGAGUGUUUGUCCUGGGAUGGUGUGAAAGAGUGGAAGUCCAGUGGCUGUUUUCCUCAUAGUGGGGUUUCCGCAGACAAGAUCUACUGCAGUUGCAACCACCUGGCAUCAUUUGCAGUAUCACAUGAGAACAUCAUGAGCAGCUUAAACUCUGCAGAUAUUUCACAGUUUAUCCACUCUGAAACCAACUACACACUGAUCAUUUUUUCCGUAAUAUCCCUGGCUCUCUAUGUGGUGGUGUUGGUCAUCUGUAGGAAGGCUGAUGUUUCCAUACAAAAAAUGACAGACUCAUUUCUGCUACCAGAAAACAAUCCCUCAGACCGCUUUCUUUAUGCAGUCACCAUAGACACAGGACUGAGAUCUAGAACUAGAAUGACAGCAAAGGUCCAUAUAGUUCUGUAUGGAGAUAAAGGUGUCUCUCAGACCAGGGAACUCAGCAGCUCUGACUCCAAACUCUUUACAUGCAACUCAAGGAAUACCUUUAUUCUCAGUUCCCCAGAGAGUCUGGGUCGAGUAUGGAAGCUGCAUCUUUGGCAUGAUAAUGGAGGUUCAUCUCCCAGCUGGUAUCUGAGGCAUGUGGUGGUCAAAGACCUGGUGCAGGGGUCCUGCUGGUUCUUCCUGGGCCAGUGUUGGCUGGCAGUGGAUGAGGGAGAUGGAAGGGUGGAGAGGAGUUUAGUUGCUUCUGAAAACAGUCUGACAUUUAAACAGUUCCUGUAUUUGAAACUCACAGAAUACCUGAAGGACUUUCACCCGUGGCUGUCUGUGUACAGUCGUCCGUCUUUCAGCUCUCACACACACACUCAGCGUUGGAGUGUGUGCUUGCUGCUCCUGCAGGGCUACAUGUGUGUGAGCGCAGUGCUUGUAAAUCUUUUGGAAGAACAGUGUUUUGCAGAGAUGGGGCUUAUUGAUGUUUCACCCGUUUCCAUGGUAACAGGCCUGUGCAGUGCUCUGGCUGUGCUGCCGGUGGGGGGUCUGGUGUCCCUGGUGUUUCGUGUCAGUAAGACCACAUUCAGUAGUGUGUCCGGAGAGCAGUAUAAGGUCAAGGUGCCUGACGUCUACUCUGUAGAAGGCAUUCUACUCAUUAUUCAAAACACUUUCUAUUGGUUUGUCUGUUUCACAGAUCACUACGAUGCACUUCUGAUAAAUGAUUGUGCACCGUAUUUGUCCUGGAAUACAGUUUCCCAAUGGACUCAAGGAUCACGGAAAACAGAGUACAAGGAUUGGGAAACCUCAGAUUCAGUGUCUGUGUCAAAACUGCAAGAGGACCCUGAUGCCAUCUUAGAGAUUGUAGAAGACCCCAUGUCUGACGUCAACAGCAGAUCACAUGACAAAUGCAAAUGGAAGACGUCUGAUCUGAAAUCACACACCUCUGCAGGCAUCCUAGAGAACCGGCAGGUUUGUGGUGGUAGAAUCCAAAGUCUUCAAUCCUGGUGUUAUUAUGUGGGCUGGAGCCUCUGCUUGUCUCUUUCUCUGAUGUGCUUCAUCAUCACAGGAACUCUUGGAGUAAAGUUCGACAGAACAAAGACUCUUCUUUGGGCUUAUUCUGUGUUCUUUUCUCUUGUCUGCUGUGGCUUUGUACUGCAUCCAGCAAUGAUCCUCAUAACUGCUAUCGCAGUGUCUCUGCUGCUUCGAAAGAAGCCAGACUGGUUCCACGGUCUAAGUGUAAAAGAGCCUGUCACUGAAUUAUUGAGACACAAGCACCAAAAACUUGAGAAUGUCUUUGUUAGCAAAUACCAGCAGUCCCAUUUUGAAAAGAUGCUCGCUGCCCGUCAGAGAGCCAGGUAUUUGCGUCUGGUGCAGCCACCAAAUUCAAGAGAGUUGAAGUGUGUGAGAGGCCAGAUGAAGAAACAGACUCUCCUUCACAAAACCGCAAGGGAUUUGACGUUUCACCUAAUCAUGCUGUUGACCGUUCUGUUCGUGACCUAUGGAAAGUCUGACAAUGACAACAAGUACCAUUUGAAUCAAGCUAUUAAAUCUCAUUUCACAAAGAGUCUGCAAAAUUCAUUUCACUCCAUCCAAAAACUUGACGAUUGGUGGAACUGGACAACCACCACUUUCCUUGAGAGAUUAUAUGACAGUGCCAUCUGCCAUGAUAAAAGAGUAGAAAAUGAAACAGGAGAUUUCAGCAGUCCCUUUUCUCUAAUUGGGAGUCCAGUUAUAAAAAAGAUCAAGAGCACAUAUAACUCGUCAUGCCAGAUCUUGAAUUUGUUUGGCGAAAACAAUAUGAAAUGCUCUGAUAACCAGUCUGUGGAAAAGAGACACUCACUUUGUGGGAAACUUGGGUGUUAUGAGGGCGAAAGUGUGAGUGUGAGCCUUGGAAGAACAAGGUCCAAAGCAAACAAGUCAAUUAAAAAGCUUCUGGAUACUGGCUGGAUGACUCCUUUCACCCAAAUUGUGAUGGUCCAGUUUAUCUUGUACAAUGGGCCCAGUAACCUCUUCACGGCAGUCACUAUUCUAGUAGAGCAAACCUCAACAGGAGCUCUGAUGCCCUCGGCAAGCACACAGUCCACUAGACUCUACCAUUUCCCAGCUGCCCUUGACUACAGUGUUAUGACGUGUGAGCUUCUUUUCCUUUUGUGCAUCCUGCUUCAUAUGUAUCGGCAAAUAUAUGUUAUGACUCAAAGAGAAUGGCUUUACUGGAGAAAUCUUUGGAGCUGGCUUGAGGUGACCGUGUUCAUCUGCAGUCUUUUGCGGUUUAUCUGCUCUGUGUACAUCUUUAUGCUAAAAACAGAGAAGAUUGAUUUCCUGCAGAAGGAGAAUUUUGAAUUACCUGUUGAUCUAAGCCCCAUCUUCUUUUGUGAGCAGCUUUCUCAAUCUCUCCUUGGGGUUGUGGUAAAUUUGCUUCUACUGAAAUCUGUGUCUUUUCUACGGCUAAACAAAACAAUGGCAGCAGCUGUGUGUACUUGGAAGCUGAUCUUCUCCAACCUGCUUUGGAUACUGGCACCUGGUAUUAUUGUCGCAGUGGCCCUCUCCGGUCUCCGUAACUUGAUCUUUCAUUCAUUCCAGUUUAACAGUAUCACUAAAUCUGCUCAUUUGCUCUUCACUCGUUUCUUUUGCAUGAGACACUUUGGUGACCUUUACAUCCAAUCCCAAGUCCCAACAACAGUUUAUUUUGGAUCUAUAUUCUGCACUAUGAUUCCAUUUAAUGCUACGGUAAUUGCCACCCUUACCUUUUUUGUGAAACAAAGAAAGAAAACUAAAAAAAGGAAACAUUUACUGACUGUCUUUGAGCUGAUGUCUUAUGUCAAAGACAAGGCUUUACUCAUUAUUGGCAAAGCCAGUCACAAGUCAAUUAACCAUCAUGUCCACGCUAAUAGGGUUUACUUAGCAGAGUUUGAGGAUGUCAUGGAAGAACUGUUGUUUCAUCUCUACACUAUGUCAGACAGUCUCCACAACACCCUGCCAGCAAAAGAAAAUCUAUUUGAAACCCAGACUAAUUUCUCUGUGCCGCUUUCUGGGCAUGUUUAUAGUUCAGACUCAGAGAGUGUACUUUUUGAUGGAAUGGGGAAGAAACACUUAGGAUACCUAGAUAUCAGCAGUGCCUCGUAUAGGGAAAACACUCACAGAUCACCACUUGAACACAGAAUGUCUCAGUACUUACAAAGCAGAGGAAGAACGCAGGAGGAGAGUUUCAGAAACUCCCUCAAAGAUCCGAUCAGAGAGUCAGAAGGGACUGGACAGGCCCAAGUUCUUUCUUCAAACAAGCAGACCCAUUGUGCUCCUGCUGAAUGGAAGGACAAAGUGUACAUUAAAUCAUCAAUGUUGCCUGAUCCAAGCAGGUUGGCAGAUGAGCAUAAUUUUGCUAUCAAUACACAGAUCAUGAGUCAAAAGAUGAGAAGGCACACUCUUCUAACCUCAUCAGCUUGCAAAGUGAACCUGGGUCAUCAUACAGCACAUGGCAAGCGAGCUGGAGAGUCACAUGUGUUUACUACAUCUUCCAUUGAGGGAAUGGACAAUUCUGUAUGAGGGCAAGCAAUUAUUCCAGGGUUCAUUGAACAAUGUAUGUAAUACAAACAUACUGUUUCAUUCCAGAAGAGAAUUAGAUUUUCAAGCCACAUUCCCUCUGGUGUUGGGUUUUUAGAAUGGUCCUUAACAUUACUUUAAAAACCUAUUUGAUCUGAUUAAAUAAUCUCAGACGUGAUAUUUAAUUAGCAUGAAGUUACUAAAAUAUUAAUAGGACAUGUCUUAACAUGCUUGACAAAUUACUUUUUUUUAUAUAUAGCAGUUUCAAAAUACUCAUUUGGGGUAUUAUUUGCGUUUGUGUGAAAAUGUAUGAGGUUGGCCCCUUCUGUUAUUUUGCAACUAAAAAUUAAAUAUUCCUUUGCCAAAAACUAUUUUAAUAAAUA